AUGAAGACUAAAGCAAGAGCUUCAAAGCAAACCACAAAAGCAAACGCUCGUGACCGGAUCAAAGACGAAGCAGAGUUGGUGAGAGAUGAACAGCCCGACACCAGGCGGCAGGAUACACACAGCAUCCGGGAACGAGGUCUGAUGGUGGACACGGGAGCGACAUCUCAUAUCAUCACUGACGUGACCAAGUUCAAAAGCUUCCAGGAGACGUUCAAACCAGAGAACCACAGCGUCGAGUUGGCAGACGGUACCCGGUGCAGUGGAUCCAAGAAGAAAGGACUGAGUUUGGAGGAAAAGAGAAGUCGCAUGAUGGAGAUUUUCUUUGAAACAAAGGAUGUCUUCCAGCUGAAAGACAUCGAGAAGAUUGCCCCUAAAACAAAGGGAAUAACACCAAUGUCUGUAAAGGACGUGCUGCAGAGCCUGGUGGAUGACAAUAUGGUGGACUGUGAGCGUUUGGGGACAUCCAACUAUUACUGGGCUUUUCCCAGCAAAGCUCUGCACGCCCGCAAGCUCAAACUGGAUGAGCUGAGCAAACAGGUGUCUGAGGCAAAGAAGCGUCAAACUUCACUGCAGGAUGCCAUUGAAAAAGCCAAAGAAGGACGUGAUGAUACAGAAGAGAGGAGUGCCAUGUUGAAGGAGUUUCAGGCUCUGACAGAAGAGCGAGCUCAGCUCCAGACUGAGUUGGACAAGUACAAGGAAUGUGACCCACAAGUUGUUGAAGAGAUGAAAAAAUCAAAUGUUGUUGCCAAAAUAGCUGUUUCCAGGUGGACAGACAACGUUUUCGCCAUGAAGUCAUGGACCAAGAAAAAGUUUGCUUUCGACAACAGCCAAAUCGACAGAGCCUUCGGGAUCCCCGAGGACUUCGACUACAUGGACUGA